AUGAACGUCACACGGCCCGCCCGAUGCCUCUUGUGCAGCUUCUCCCGUGCUGCCACGCCCGGCACGCGAGUCCCUCGUCGCCAAUUCCAUCCCACACCUGCGUCUCUUACGAACCGGAAGCCCAAGUUCCCCAAUGUCAAGUCAUCCCCAGGAGAGAACUUCAAGCCUUACACGGAGGAGCAAAAGGCCGAACUGGCUAAGCAGUACACUGAAGCACAAAUGGCCGCUAUCAACGCCGGUGAAGCCGCUAUCGAUCCUAAGGAUCUGGCCGACCAGCUCCACGAACGCAGCGACCCUAUGAGCUUCAAAUAUCUUGAUGAUUUUUCUGUCAUUGAGCCCGGCAUCGAUCACCACCAGCGCGCUCCGUUGUCGAACUCGGACUUUAAAUUCCAAUUCAAGAACAACGACGAUUUCGCGGAAGACUUUGGCCGUUUUAUUGCCGAGAUGCCCGACGAUGCCACCGGUGCUGACUUUGUCCGCUGGGCAGACAACCUGCGCGUGACAAAGGGCAAGGAGGAGAAUGAGCUGAACGCACCUAGCGCAUUGGUUCCGGACUUCUUCGGUCCCGGCGAAACCAUUGACGAGCCCAGCGUAUCAGAGCAGAAGACUGCUGCUGAGCUGGGCGUGAAGGAGCGCUCAGCAGAGGCCGAGGAAAUGACGGAUGCUCUCAAGAGCCUUCUCCUGGCUACAGGAUACACGGAGCGACAGGUCAAGGACCUCCGUACCAAGACUUUGGUCAUGCACAGCGUUACGAACCAGACUCGACUAGGAAAGGUCCGCCGUGCGUACCGUCUCUCCAUUGCUGGUAAUGGAAACGGUCUCCUUGGUAUCGGUGAGGCCAAGUCCGACGAAGCGGCCGACGCCAAGAUCCAAUCUCAAUACCGUGCCAUCCGCAACAUGCAACCCAUCCCCCGUUACGAGAACCGAACCAUCUACGGCGAUGUUAAGGGCAAGGUUGGAGCUACGUCGUUGCAGCUGAUGCACCGUCCACCUGGCUUCGGUCUUCGCGUUCAGCACCUCAUCUACGAAAUGUGCCGCGCCGGCGGUAUUCACGACCUUUCGGCCCGAACUGGCCGUUCAAGAAACCCCAUGAACACUGUCAAGGCCGCCUACGAGGCUCUCAUGAGCCAGCGCAACCCCGAUCAGAUUGCCCACGCACUUGGCAGGAAGCUUGUCGAUGUGCGCAAGGUCUACUACGCGGGUAAGGUUUAA